GCAGCAGGACGACUCCCCGGGUGGCCUUGGCGGGACUCUAGGACCGAGGGCGGCCGCCGGGGCCGGGGCGGGACCCGGGGAGCAGGAGGACGGCCCCCCGGUAGCCGGGGCGGGACCCCGGAGCAGGAGGACGGCCCCCCGGUAGCCGGGGCGGGACCCCGGAGCAGGAGGACGGCCCCCCGGGUGGCCUUGGCGGGACUCUAGGACCGAGGGCGGCCGCCGGGGCCGGGGCGGGAGCCGGGGAGCGGGCGCGCGGCGCCAGGUGCGGCCUUCCGGACGCGGCUCGCCAGCUCUGUCGCGGUGUCGGCCCAUGGCCGAGGUGGCCGAGCCCGAGCCCGGGGCGGCCCCGGAGACGCCGGCCUGGCAGGCCCCGGAGCCUGCGGGCGCCCAGCCCCGAAGUUACGAGAUCCGCCGCUACGGCCCCGCCAAGUGGGUCAGCACCUCGGUGGAGUCUCUGGACUGGGACGCGGCCAUGCAGGCCGGCUUUCCGAAACUGAGCGGCUACAUCGAAGGCAAAAACGAGAAAGAGAUGAAAAUGCAGAUGACAGCCCCAGUGACGAGCUUCGUGCAGCCGGGCUCAGGCCCUUUUAGCCAGGCCACGGUCACCAUCUCCCUGUACCUCCCGGCCGAGCAGCAACCGGAUCCGCCCCAGCCCUCAGAGCCCGGCGUCUUCAUUGAGGACAGAGCUGAGAUGACCGUGUUUGUCAGGUCUUUCGAUGGAUUCUCUAGUGCCCAAAAGAAUCAAGAACAGCUCUUGACGUUAGCAAGCAUUUUGAGGGAAGAAGGCAAAGUUUUUGACGAAAAGGUUUACUACACCGCGGGCUACAACAGUCCUUUCAAAUUGCUUAAUAGAAAUAAUGAAGUGUGGUUGAUUCAGAAAAAUGAACCCUCCAAAGAAAACGAGUGAGAGAUGAAAGAGACUUCCAUUGCCAGGGGCAAAGCUUGUGUUUAGCAGACAUCAACACGACCUAUAAGUAAGUGUGUGUCUGGCAUCUUCCAAUGGCGAGCAAUCCUGCGACUUGAGCUUCUUUCCAAUGUGCCUUUUUAAUGCUCAAAGCUUUAUCUGGGUACACAGAUCAGAAAACGGGGGCAGUAUUCUAUAACCAUGUAGAUUGGCAGUAACUACAGUGAUUGGUCUUUCUAUGGGGAUCUACAGAAAUGCGAUGCUACUUCCCCUCAUUUCCUUCAUCACAGUUGGGUUGCCUUUUGGUUUGUGUCAUUUGGCUGUUAUCCCCUCUAGAUAUUACCAAUAAAAACUUUAAAGAUG